AUGUCGACCCUCAGUCGGGGACAGACGGAGGCGUCUUCCCCCCAGGAGGAAGACAUCAGGAUGGGGGUGGAGGAAGUCAAGAUGGAGGACGUCAAGAUGGUGGACGUCUCCUCAGAGAUCCCCGUCCUCUGGGAUGAGCUGCUGGGAUUGAAGGAGCUGGUUCUCAGCCUGAGGUCAGUGGCAGUGUUGCAGCGGUUAGAGCUGAGGAGCAUGGAGAGCCACCUGAGGGACGGAGGGCUGGAGGCCGAGGAGAGGAGGGAGGAGGUGAGGAGGGUGGAGGAGAAGAUGGACGCUGACAGGGAGCUGCUAAUGGAGCUGAACUCAGAUCUGAGGAGGAAAGUGGAGGAGCUGGAGGAGCAGAACAAAGAGGAGAUACCGUUCCUGCAGGAGAGACUGAGGGCGAGUGAGAGCUCAGUGGAGGAGCUGAGGAGGAAGGUGGAGGAGCAGAACGAGCUUCAAGCCGUCAAAGUUUCAUCGCUUGAGUUCAGACUGAACACGAGUGAGGACGACGUGAAGAAGAAACAUUUAGAUCUGAAGAUAAAGGUGGAGGAGCUGGAGGAGCAGCACAACGUUCGAGCCAUCAAGAUUUCAUCGCUUGAGUUCAGACUGGACACGAGCGAGAGCUUAGUGGACGACCUGAAGAAGAAAAAUUCAGCUCUGGCAGGGGAGCUGCCGUUCCUGCAGACGAGACUGAGGGCGAGUGAGAGCACCGUGGAGCAGCUGAGGAGGAGGAACACAGCCGCAUCUUGCAACGGAUCAGCUGAGAUGGAGGAGCUGAAAACGAAAACACGAGCUCUGCAGGGCCGACUGAACUCACUGGAGAAAAAACUGAAUUCAUCCGCAGAGAGAAGCGAGAUCAGCUUCAUACGAGAUCAAGUGUCAGAGAUCAGCAGCAGACUAAACUCCAGCCGCCUUCACCUGGAUGAGCUGAAGAGAAACUCUGCAGAUCAUACCAGUGGACUGCAGUCUGUAGAGAGACACCUGGAGGAACUCAAGACACAAAACACAGUUCAGGCUGAUAACGUUAAACAGCUGCAGGUCAGACUGAACUCUGCUGAGAGUCAAGUAAAGCAGCAGCAGACUGACAAGACAGAUCAAACCUUGGAAGUGAUGAAUCUGCAGAGAAAACUCAAUAUGACUGAGAGUCAGCUGGACAAAAUGAACUCAGAUAUUACAGAACUUGCUGACUCACUUCUUUCAGAGUUGGAGGUGAGACUGGGUGUCAGUGAGAAACAACUGGAAGAUCUGAAGACAGAAAACACAGUUAAAUCUGUUCAACUUUCCAUGAUGGAGUCCAAACUGAAAGACUGCAAUAACACUACAGCGUUAGAGGUCAGACUGAGUGCCGGUGAGAAACAGCUGGAAGAUCUGAAGACGGAAAACACAGUCCGUUCUAUUCAACUUUCCUUGAUGGUGUCCAAACUAACAGACAGCAAUUACACUACAGAGUUGGAGGUAAGACUGAGUAAGAGUGAGAAACAGCUCGAAGAUCUGAAAGCAGAAAACACAGUUCAGUCUGUUCAACUUUCCUUGAUGGGCUCGAGACUAGUUGACAACAACACUACAGCGUUAGAGGUCAGACUGAGUGCCAGUGAGACACAGUUGGAAGAUCUGAAGACAGAAAACACGGUUCAAUCUGUUCAACUUUCCUUGAUGGAGUCCAGCCUGACAGAAACUCAAAACAACACUACAGCUCUGGAGGUCAGACUGGGAUCCAAAGAGACACAACUGGAGCAGCAAACUACAGCUCUGGAGGUCAGACUGAGUGUCAGUGAGAAACAGCUGGAAGUUCUGAAGACAGAAAACACAGUUAAAUCCGUUCAACUUUCCUUGAUGGAGUCGAGACUGAGGGAAACUCAAAACACCGCUACAGCUCUAAAUGUCAGAGUGAGAGCCACUGAGACACAACUGGAGAUAAUGGAGAAUCACAAUGAAGUUAUAGAUGUCAGAUGUGAUGCCAAUGAGAAAGAGAUGGAUGAUCUGAAGACAGAAAACACAGUUCAAUCCGUUCAACUUUCCCUGAUGGGGUCCAGAAUGACAGAGAGUCUAAAAAACGCUACAGCUUUGGAGGUCAGACUGGGAUCCACUGAGACACAACUGGAGCAGCAAACUGCAGCUUUGCAGGUCAGACUCGGUGUCAGUGAGAAACAACUGGAGGAUCUGAAGACAGAAAACACAGGUCAAUCCGUUCAACUUUCCUUGAUGGAGUCGAGACUAACAGAAGGGGAAAAAGACACUACAGCUCUGGAUGUCAGGAUGAGAUCCACUGAGACACAACUGGAGCAGGAAACUGCGGCUCUGGAGGUCAGACUGGGUGCCAGUGAGACACAGUUGGAAGAUCUGAAGACAGAAAACACGGUUCACUCUGUUCAACUUUCCUUGAUGGAGUCCAGACUGACAGAAACUCAAAAUAACACUACAGCUCUGGAGGUCAGACUGGGAUCCACAGAGACACAACUGGAGCAGCAAACUGCGGUUAAAUCCGUUCAACUUUCCUUGAUGGAGUCGAGACUGAGGGAAUCUCAAAACAACGCUGCAGCUCUAAAUGUCAGAGUGAGAGCCACUGAGACACAACUGGAGAUGCUGGAGAAUCACAAUGAAGUUAUAAAUGUCAGAUGUGAUGCCAAUGAGAAAGAGAUGGAUGAUCUGAAGACAGAAAACACAGUUCAAUCUGUUCAACUCUCCUUGAUGGAGUCCAAAAUGACAAAGAGUCUAAAAAACACUACAGCUUUGGAGGUCAGACUGGGAUCCACUGAGACACAACUGGAGCAGCAAACUGCAGCUUUGCAGGUCAGACUCGGUGUCAGUGAGAAACAACUGGAGGAUCUGAAGACAGAAAACACAGGUCAAUCCGUUCAACUUUCCUUGAUGGAGUCGAGACUAACAGAAGGUGAAAAAGACACAACAGCUCUGGAUGUCAAGAUGAGAUCCACUGAGAAACAACUGGAGCAGCAAACUGCAGCUCUGGAGGUUAGACUGGGAGUCACUGAGAAACAGCUGGAUGAUCUGAACACAGAAAACACAGUUCAGUCUGUUCAACUUUCCCUGAUGGAGUCAAGACUGACAGAAAGUCAAACCAACACUACAGCUCUGAAAGUCAGACUUACAAUUACUGAGACACAACUGGAGCAGCUGGAGAAACACAGUGAAGCUCGUGAGGUCAGACUGGGUGUCAGUGAGAAACAUCUGGAGGAUCUAAUGACAGAAAACACAGUUCAGUCUUUUCGAUUUUCAUUGAUGGAGUCCAGGCUGACCGACAUCAACAACAACACUACAGAGUUGGAGGUCAAACUGGGAGCCGGUGUGAAAGUACUGGAAGGUCUGAAGACAGAGCUGGAGGUCAGACUGAGUGCCAAUGAGGAACAGCUGGAAGAUUUGAAAACACAAAACACAGUUCAGUCGGUUCAACUUUCCUUGAUAAAUUCCAGUCUGACAGAAAGUCACAACAACACUACAUAUUUGGAGGUCAAACUGAGAUCCACUGAAACACAGCUGGAGCAGCAAACUGCAGCUCUGGAGGUCAGACUGGAUGUCGGUGAGAAACAGCUGGAAGAUCUGAAGACAGAAAACACAGUUCAGUCUGUUCAACGUUCCUUAAUUGGUUCCAGAUUGACAGACAUCUACACCAACACUACAGAGUUGGGGCUCAGACUGGGUGUCAGUGAGAAACAGCUGGAAGAUCGAAAGAUAGAAAACACAGUUCACUCUGGUCAACUUUUCUACAUAAAGAACAAACUGAUAGACGACCACUACAAGAGUACAGCUCUGGAGGGGAGACUGAGAUCCACGGAGACGAAGCUGCGACAGCUGGAAAACCACACUGCAGUUGAGCUGUCAGGUUUAAAUCUGAGACUGAACGUCGAUGAGGGGCAGGUAGAAGAGCUGAGGACACAUAACACAGACAGACUAUCAGCAGCUGUAAUGGAGACUGAAGCUCACAGCUUUGACCUCUCUGCUCUGAGAAAUGAAACUAAAGUCUUAGAGACACGGCUAACUGAGGCUGGCAGUCGGGUGAUGAAGAUCCAGACUGAAAGUUCAGUUCUGUCUGUUCAACUUUCCUUGAUGGAGUCCAGACUGACGGACAGACACAACGGCACCUCAGAGUUGGAGGUCAGACUGGGUGUCGGUGAGAAACAGCUGGAAGAUCUGAAGACAGAAAACACAGGGUUGGAGGUCAGACUGAGCGUCAAUGAGAAACUGCUGGAAGAUCUGAAGACAGAAAACACAGAUUUUAGCUUCAGACUGAAUGAAACUGAUGACAGUCUACAUCAGCUCAGAAACACCAACUCAGGUGAGCUGAAGGUGGCGUUCUCAGCCGGUUUGACUGAUUCAGGAUCAGUCGGACCUUUCAACGAGGAGAGGACGCUGAUUUUCUCGAAAACAAUCACCAACAUCGGCCAGGCCUACAACCAGACAGCAGGUGUGUUUACGGCUCCGGUCAGAGGACUUUACUUCUUCAGCUUCACGGCUGCAGAUUACCUGAAGGGUUACAUGGGUCUCUACCUGUACAAAAACAACCGGCCAAUCAUCUUCAACCUGGAGCUGAACGACCAUGGUGGCUACGCUUCAACGUCCAAUGGCAUCGCUCUGCAGCUGGACGAAGGAGACAUCGUUCGCCUCAGUCUGCCGGCGAGCUACCGACUCUACGACGACUCCCGAAACUUCAGCAUCUUCUCCGGCUUCCUGCUGUUCCCCCUCUGACAAAACAGACCCAGGAUCAGGGUACGAGUGAGACAUCUUCUCCGACUUCCUGCUGUUUCCCCUCUGACAGAACAGACCCAGGAUCAGGGUACGAGUGAGACAUCUUCUCCGGCUUCCUGCUGUUUCCCCUCUGACAGAACAGACCCAGGAUCAGGGUACGAGUGAGACAUCUUCUCCGACUUCCUGCUGUUCCCCCUCUGACAGAACAGACCCAGGAUCAGGGUACGAGCAUGGUACGAGUGAGACAUCUUCUCCGGCUUCCUGCUGUUCCCACUCUGACAGAACCGAUCCAGGAUCAGGGUACGAGUGAGACAUCUUCUCAGGAAAUAAACUAUCCUUUCAGGUACUUCACCGAAGCUGGAAGACUGGACUUUUUAUUUUGGUAGAUACUUCCUAUGGUUGCAACAAGGAUGGACUAACUUCUGAAGAUCCCAGGAAAAUAAUCAUGUUACAUUUAUGAAGCUAAUAAAAGUUCAUAAACACAGCAA